AUGCGUGUCGCAUCUUUCCUAUUGGCCCUGGUGGGCUGUGCGUCUACGGUCGCAGCCGAGGCUCAGCUGGCUAGGAGCUCUCCGUCUGUCGCGGCUGGAUGCAAGGCGCUGCAGAAGCCCCUUGGCAAUGCGGUGUUCCUGCCCAAGUCCACUGUCUACGAUUACGAAGCCCAGAACUUCUGGUCUAACACUGAGAUUCUGUCGCCGGGAUGUGUGUUCCGUCCCCAGUCCAGUGCUGAGCUGGCCGAGGGUCUCAAGGCGCUUGUUGCUGCCGAUGCCGAGUUCGCUGUUCGUGGUGGCGGCCACAUGGGUAUUCGGGGCUCGAACAACAUCGAUGGCGGAGUUUUGGUUGUCAUGUCCAACCUGACUACCUUGCAAUUGAGUCAUGAUAAGUCGAUUGUCUCGGUCGGCCCUGCUUACAGAUGGUCUGAUGUCUACGCCUACCUUGCCAAAUACAACUUGACCGCCGCAGGUGGUCGUCUUGGCCCCGUCGGUGUGCCCGGUCUUCUCCUCGCUGGAGGUGUCAACUUCUACGGUAACCAGGUCGGCUUUGCUUGCACUACCGUCGUCAACUAUGAGGUUAUUCUGGCCGACGGCUCUCUCGUCCAGGCCAACACCACCAGCAACUCGGACCUGUUCUGGGCCCUGAAGGGAGGCAGCAGCAACUUUGGACUAGUCACCCGCUUCGACAUGGAGACCAUUCCGUCGCGCAAGGUGUGGGCUGGCUCUUACACCGUCGCGGCUCAAUACGUCGACCGCUUCCUCGCAGCUAUCGCAACAUACGCGUCCAACAUCUACGAUGCCAAGACGCACAUUGUGCCCGCGCUGGUUCCCGGCGACUCAACCCUGGCAUCCGUGAUCCUUUUCUACGACAGCGACAACGCCACCUUCCCUGAGAUCUUUAAGCCCUUCACCGACAUCCCCGCUGAGGCCAGCACUUUGGCCUUCAAGACCGUUGCGGAAUUCGCCGCCGAGACCGGCGAGGAGGUUGUUGAUGGCAUCAACGAUGUCUUCGUUGCCGGAACCGUGAAGGGAACUACCUACGCCGAGCUCUACCAGGGCAUCAGCAUCAUCAACACCACCUUCUUCGGCCAGCUGCCCAAGCUGUACGCGCAAAUCCCAUCCGCCAACAUCUCCACCAUCCAGCUGGACUGGCAGCCCAUCGGCGCCGACUGGCUCAAGGCCUCUGAGGUCCGCGGCGGAAACGCCCUGGGACUGGAUUCCUCCAAGGUGUACCUCUGCUACGCUGAGGUCGUUGAGUGGAUCGGAUCGGCUUACGAUGACAUCGUUGCGUCGUGGGUUGAGGAGACCACUUACGCUAUCAACAAUGCUACCCAGAAGGCGGGCUUGUACGAUGCGUUCAACUACAUGGGUGACUCGGCUGGAUUCCAGUCCAUGUUCCCUGGAUACGGUGAGGGUAACCACCAGAAGUUGAUUAAGAUUGCGCAGAAGUACGAUCCCAAUGGCGUCUUCCAGACUUUGAUGCCGGGUGGUUUCAAGGUCUACUGA